AGGGUUAGUGGAUGAUGGGGGAGGGGCUUGAGAGCGUUGGGAACUUCAGGCAGAGCUGAACGAGCGCAGAAAGUCCGCGAUAUUAAACCUGGACAGUAAUAAACACCACAGUAUGGUUUUCUGAUCUCGUGUGUCAUCGGUCAUGGCGCUGGUCCAGUCUCUCCCCGCGUCUAUUGACCAUCCGGGACCAGGCCUGGACCCACGUCUCCAUCCGACCUCACCUCCUCUGAUGGGAGCGAUGGGUGCCGUCAGCAGCAUGAUGCCGGGUCACAUCACGUAUCCUGACCGCGCAAACAUAGAAGUCAGCACUAAAUUCCGCAAAGGCACACCGGGCUCCGGACGCCUGCUGUCCGAAACCUCACAAGACGUCCAGGUGGGAAGUAGGACUCCGUCCAGCAAGAGAAGAGGCAUCGUUGGCAGAUCGAAAGGAUUUGGUACUCGCUCAUAUUCACAUGAGGACUUGAUAAGAGACUGGAAUGAUAAUCAUCUGGAUGUGGGUUCGACUGGUUUGGAUGGACCUCCGAAACUGGUUCCGGUGUCUGGACAGUUAGAAAGAAAUGUUCAGCAGGCCAUAAUCAGACCCACUGCCUUCAAACCCGUGGUCCCUAAGAGCCGUAACGGCGUGCAGUAUCUGUCUCCGCGGCUCGGCGCCGGUCUGUCGGGAAGCCAAGGAAACCUCAGCAUGUUUUCUCCGGAAGAUGACGACAUCACGCCCGUGUCGACGGAACGGCGCAGUUCUUACAGCGGCGCUCGCAACGCUUUGUUCAGCCAGUCGUUUACCAUGACGGACACGGCACGCAACUCUUUAACCAACCUGCCGGCGUAUAACGGGCCCGUGUACAACCAGAGCCAAAGCGAGGCGGGCAAACAUCACGGACACUCGAACUCCGACAGCGGCCGCUCCUCGUCCAGCAAGAGCACGGGAUCUCUGGGCGGCCGCGGGCCGUUGCUGUCCGACAUGCCGUCCCCGCCGCCCAUCGAGGCCUACGAGGCCAUCGUCAGAGACCUGGAGGACAAACUGAGGGAACGAGAGCUGGAGCUUCAGCAGCUCAGGGAAAACCUGGACGAGAAUGAGGCGGCCAUCUGUCAGGUGUACGAGGAGCGUCAGAAGCGCACGGAGCUGGAGAUAGAGGAGUUCAGACAGACGUGUGCGGCUAAAAUGCAGAAGGCGUCUCAUAAAGCGCAGCGUGAACAGCAGCUCCUGCAGCUCCAGGUGUUUCAGCUGCAGCAGGAGAAGAAGAAGCAGCAGGAGGACAUGACGCAGCUCCUGCAGGAGCGCCAGAGGCUCGAGGAGCGCUGCGCCUCCUACGAACGAGAGCACACGCAGCUGGGGCCCAGACUGGAGGAGACCAAGUGGGAGGUGUGUCAGAAGUCAGGUGAGAUCUCCCUGCUGAAGCAGCAGCUGAAGGACCUGCAGGCCGAUCUGGCUCAGCGCGUCGGAGAGCUGGUGACGCUGCGCGGGCAGCUGCGGGAGGUUCGUGCGGAGCUGCAGACGUGUCAGGGUCAGCUCCAGGAGGCGCACACGGCCUCACGCACACGGACGCUGGAGCUCGAGGUCUGCGAGAACGAACUGCAGCGGCGCAAGAGCGAAAACGAGCUGCUCAGGGAGAAAAUGAGCCGUCUGGAAGACGAGUCGUCUCACCUGCGCGAGCACCUGAGCGCCACGACCGCCGACGACCAGCGGCUGGCCGGCGAGAGCGAGGAGCUGAAAGCGCACAAGCAGCAGACGGACCGGCUGAAGGCGGAGCUCGCUUACGAACGCCAGCGCUCGUCCGAUCAGGCGUCUGCGUUCGAGAGCGAGAGAAAGAGCUGGGAGGAGGAGAAAGAUAAAGUGAUUCGAUAUCAGAAACAGCUGCAGCAGAACUACGUGCAGAUGUACAAAAGGAACCGAGAUCUGGAGCGAUCGCUCCGUCAGCUCAGCCUCGAGCUGGAGUCCAGAGACCAGGACGACGACAGCAGCGGAAACGAAGUCACGUUUGACGACAUCGCUGCUACCGAGAUCUGAAAUAAAGUAAUCGUCUACUGCCGCGCUCAUUUCAGAAUGUGCUCUGCAUAAAAUGCAACUAAGUGCUGUUCUCUAAACAGAGUCGGGGGCCGUUCACAAACGACGUGUUUUUGCUUUGAAAGAGGUGAGAUGUGGGCGUUUUUAAAACGCUGUGAACGACGGGAGACCUGCAUGCAACGGUCACUAGCACGUGUUUACACAAAAACAAUGUAAUAGUGGAAAAGCACGUUCUCUGUAAACGGCCUCAAUCUACUGCAGACGGCACAGCGUUCAGUGCCGUUUCGAAGUACGUUACAUGAUUUAUGUGCCCCAAUAAUUGGUGCAACUUCAUUAAAUUGACAUGUCAUUAAUUAUUUCAGACACAUGUGACACAGUUCGUCUGUAAACUCACAGAAGUGCACUUUUGUGUCAUUAGCUACGUUUCCAUCCAAAGUUGCGAAUUAACCUGGGAAAUAUUGCGCAAAACUUUUUUUUUUUUUUUUUUUUUUUUGGUGCAAAUACCCUAGUAAAAAUAAUUUAAAAUGCAUUUAUUUUAUACUAUGUAUAAUUCAAGUAUUAACAUAUUUACUGACAUUUUACUUGAGACUUACUGAUAUAAAAAUUCUAAAAAAGUUAAUUUAUUUUUAGUGCUACUUGUGCACAAUGCACAUUUCUUAAUAUUAAGCCUAAAAUGUAUUUUAAUGUCACUGAUGAGGAUUGUAUGAUCUUUAAAUAAUAUCUGUCUUUAAAUGCAAAAUAUUUGAAGUGUAUUUAAAGUAUACUUGAAAUAGUUCCACUUUAGCACAAUCAAAUAUACUUAAGUAUAUCUUUAUUUGGACUUCAGCACUACUUCUGCACAAUUAAUGCAUUGAACGUAAAAUGCAUUAAAUGUACUUAAAAGUACAAAAUUAGUUGUUCCAAUUUAGAAGACUUUAAAUAUACCAGUGUACUAAAAGUACAAUUUCAGGGUAUUUUUUUAUUAAGUACAUAUGUAAAUGUAUUUGUAGUAUACUUGGCUAAAAUAAAUGUAUUUUAAAUACAUUUUAGUAUACUUAUUUUUCACUAGGGUAGUCACUAUUAAAAUACUAAAAAGUUGCCGCAAGCAGGGAAGCUGUGGCUCUUUUUUCCUACAUAAAUGACUCGCACAUCAGACCGAAAUGCAAUAAACACUGUCAUGUUGUGUUGCAUUCGGAUACUUAAUGUUUGGGACAGUUCUAGGAGAAUUAUACCAAAUCAUUAUGAGACUUGACUCAUAUGACAGUGUUUUAGUGCCACGUAAAAAAAAAAAAAAAGUAAAAUAAA